CUUCUUGAUAGUGCCAUUGAAGUGAGUCAUCGCUAGGAAGUGUGGUAAAAAGGAAAAGAAAAAAAAAGUUCGAAGUGUUCCGUGAACAGCAGAGAGAGCUCAGAGGAGUGUAGCUGGCAAGGCGACGGAAAAAACUGAGAAGAUUAGAGAGGCAAUAGGCUUUAAAGCGAAUGUUAACCUGCGUGAGUCACUCUAACUACAUGUUUGAUUGUCUCUGCUGGAUCUGACUGCUGAAGGUGUGCUACUGACUUUAAAGUGAAGUUUGCGCACCUGAGAGGAUCUUUAGCAGCGUAGUGUAGGUCUACCUGCAGCUCCAGAAAAAAAAUAAUCCAUAGCAAGAAAUAGACUUUACAAGCAGGGAUAAUACACAAGAAAAAAAAAAAAACAGACUUAUGAGUAAGAUGUUUUAGGUUAAUUUAGAGGAGCAAAAUUGCAUUUUGUUUUUUCUUCUUUGGAAAUUAACGACAUCUCGAAACAGGAUUUUUUUUUCUGUUGGUGCCUUUUUGCAUCGGGGAUUUAAAAAAAAAAAAAAAAAAAAAAAGGCUCUCAGAGCUCAAACAGUACACUGAAAUCUUCCUCUUUCCUGGAUCAUGUACCAGGACUACUCCGGGAACUACGACACUUCGUCCCGCGGCAGCAGCACCUCUCCGGCCCAGCCAGAGUCCUUCACAAGCGGCAGCAGCACGAUCGGAAGUCCGAUCUCUACCUCAAGCUACCAGAAGUACAGGGUUGACAUGCCCGGCUCCAACAGUGCCUUUAUUCCCACAAUCAAUGCAAUCACGACGAGCCAAGACCUGCAGUGGAUGGUACAGCCCACUGUCAUCACCUCUAUGUCCAACCCUUACUCCCGCUCCCACCCCUAUGGCCAUCACCUGACCAACGGUCCCAGCCUGCUUGCACACAACACACUGGCUCGGCCCGGGGUCAUCCGCUCCAUUGGUGACACCAGGAGAGGACGCAAGAGGGAUGAACAGCUGACCCCAGAGGAAGAGGAGAAGAGGAGGGUGAGGCGUGAGAGGAAUAAGUUAGCCGCGGCAAAGUGCCGCAACCGCCGACGGGAGCUUACUGAAAUGCUGCAAGGGGAGACAGAGAAGCUGGAGGAGGAGAAGGCAGACCUGCAGAAAGAGAUCGAGACCCUGCAGAAGGAGAAAGACAAGCUGGAAUUCAUGCUGGUUGCCCACAAUCCCGUGUGCAAGCUACCCAUCGAGGAGCGCCACCAGCCAUCCGGGCAGCAGCAGCAGCAGUGUACCCCGCUCCCACUCACCAUGCGCACCAACAUGGGCACACGGGCUCAGAUGAACCAAGUGGUGGUGAAGCAGGAGCCGGAGGAUAGGGACGAGAAUGUGCGCAAGCUUCAGUGCUCAAUCAUAAAGCCCAUUUGUCUGGGGGGCAGCAGCAUCAGUGGCGGGAUGUACAGCCCAGAUGGAGACAGCCUGAACACGCCAGUGGUGGCAGCGUCCACUCCGGCUGCCACACCAAAUGCUCCAAGCCUCAUAUUCACCUACCCCAACAUGGUGGAGCCCGAAAGCCCCUCGCCCUCCUCUGAGUCCUGCUCCAAGGCCCACCGGCGCAGCAGCAGCAGUGGCGACCAGUCCUCAGACUCCCUCAACUCACCAACCCUCCUGGCCCUCUGAGCGAGGGCGAGGACUCGGCGCGGCUGAGAAACAAACACUGUGGCUGAAAGCAAACAUGAGGACCGACUGCGCACCCCCGUCCCCCCCCUCCCUCCAGUGUCUUUAAAGACCCAAGAGCACAUUGAAAAGUCCAGACCAAGCUGACCAUGUGAGCCGUUUCCCUCUUUAGAGGGAGACCCACAAGGGCUACGCUGCGUGUUUCUUCUCGUUCUGCUUCAGUGUAAAAAAAUUUUUAUUUGUCAAAGUGUGUGCACCGACUCUGAAAAGCAUCAUCCCUUCACCAUUUCAACUCCAGAGUGUCAACGUUUACUGGGAAGACAGUUCUGACGAAAGACAUGCCUACAUCGGGCAGCUGCGGGUUGAUGUGACUACAGCAAGAGAGCGCA